AUAAAAAAGAACGAAGAGAAGACGGAACUACAUCAAGUUGUAACAUAACAGAGAGCUUACCACUUGAAAAAAGACAAGCAAUUCUGCAGCUAGUUUCAUACAGCAGUACAGAGAACAGAACAAUUCCUAAGGAAAGGUUGAAUUUGUUAUGGCUUCAUGGGAUCUGAAUAUCACUGUGGAAGACCUAGGCCCUGAGGCAGACCCUAUCACUAUCAGAGUCACAGGGGAAACUCAUAUUGGUGGAGUUAUUCUUCAGGCAGUUGACAAAAUUGAAAUCAAAAAGAACUGGUCUGACCAUGCCCUGUGGUGGGAACAAAAGAAGCAGUGGCUUAUUAAAACCAACUGGACGCUUGACAAAUAUGGCAUAUUGGCUGAUGCAAAGCUUCUGUUCACCCCUCAGCACAAGCCAAUCUAUCUUACGCUCCCCAAUAUGAAGACCAUACGAAUGAAAGCCAGUUUUUCAAAUCCAGUCUUUAAAACUGUUAUUGAGAUUUGUAAAAUAUUAAAUCUCAGGCACCCAGAAGAACUAUCACUACUUAGACCUCCAGAGGAGAAGGAAAAGAAGAAGAAACGAGACAAGGAUGACACUGCUGAAGACAUCUGUGACAUCACGGAAGCUACACUUUCUGGAGGCCUGAACCAGCAGUUGAGUAAUGGAAUGCCAGCUUACUUCGCAGAUAGCCCAGAGAUGGAAAGCUGCUACAAACUCCUGACUCUGAGUCAGAUUAAUAUGACACCUGAGAUGAUGGCUAAAAUGUUCCGUCCCAGCUCUUUAAGUGAUAAGUCACUGAUUAAUAGCAGAUGGCUGGACUCAUCCCGCUCUCUGUUGACACAAGGUUUUAAAGAGAAUGACAAACUAUCUCUCCGCUUUAAGUACUACUGUUUCUUUGACCUGGAGCCCAAGUACGAUAUAGUGAGGAUAAACCAGCUGUAUGAGCAGGCACGGUGGGCAAUACUGCUUGAAGAAAUUGAAUGCACAGAAGAAGAAAUGAUGGUGUUUGCAGCUUUGCAGUAUCACAUCAACAAACAAGAAGUGUCAGGAGACCCAGCAGAGGUUCACCGAGAUCAAGGUUUGGAUGACCUGGAUUCAGCACUUUCCUCUCUUGAAGUGAAGCUAGAGGGCUCUAACCCAUCAGAUGUUUUGGACAGCAUCACUACCAUCCCAGAGUUAAAAGACAACUUGAAAAUUUUCAGGCCUAAAAGACUCACAUUAAAAGGAUAUAAGCAGUACUGGGUCAUUUUUAAAGAGACCUCUAUCUCAUACUAUAAGAGCAAGGAAGAUGUUUUAGGAGAGCCCAUUCAAGAAAUGAAUCUCAAAGGUUGUGAGGUUGUUCCAGAUGUAAAUGUGUCAGGCCAAAAGUUUUGCAUCAAGUUGUUGGUUCCAUCUCCAGAAGGAAUGAAUGAAGUCUACCUCCGCUGUGAUAGCGAGCAGCAGUAUGCUAACUGGAUGGCAGCUUGCCGACUAGCAGCAAAGGGUAAGACUAUGGCAGACAGUACUUAUCAGUCAGAGGUUCAGAAUAUUCUCUCCUUCUUGAAACUGCAGAAAGCCAACCCUUCUUCCCAGCAGUCAGCAAAUGCUGAGACCAUCAACACUCAUUCUCUUGUUUCACCUCGAUACCAGAAAAAAUUCAAGGCCAAGCAGUUAACUCCUCGUAUCCUUGAAGCUCACCAGAAUGUAGCUCAACUCUCUCUGAUGGAGGCAAAGAUGAAGUUCAUUCAAACAUGGCAAUCGUUACCAGACUUUGGACUCUCCUACUUUGUUGUGAGGUUCAAGGGCUGCAGAAAAGAUGAAAUUCUGGGAAUUGCCAAUAACAGGAUGGUCCGAAUUGAUCUCAGUGUGGGUGAUGUAGUGAAAACAUGGAGAUAUAAUAACAUGCGACAGUGGAAUGUCAACUGGGACAUCCAGCAAGUGGCUAUCGAGUUUGAUGAAAAUAUAAAUGUUGCUUUCAGCUGUGUCACAGCAAAUUGCAAGAUUGUUCACGAGUACAUUGGAGGCUACAUUUUUAUGUCCACUCGUUCCAAAGAUCAGAAUGAGACACUGAACCAGGAACUCUUUCACAAACUCACAGGUGGCCAUGAGGCACUCUGAGUGCAAACACACAUACAGUAAUCUGAGCUGUGAUCAAUACAUACUGCACAUUUCUUGUGAAUACUAAUUUCCAAAACAUACUGACUCAUAGCAUUCUAAAGGUCAAAAUUUAUUCCAUUUGCUCACAGCUGCAUUGGACUGCUCAUUCACCAAUUCCUGAAGAAGAAAACCCAAAUGCAGACUAGAACUUCAUUCUCCUGUCCAUAACAAUGAAAAUUUGUCUCCUUGACAGACAGCUAGACCACUUCAAUAAAGAUUUAGUCUCCAAAUUAAAUUUGGAAAGUAAAAUGAUUUUGUCAACAGCUGCUUAUAGGCUGCCAAACAGACUAUACAUGAUCACUUUACACUUUGUAUACAAUAGCGUGCUGAAGGUGAGCAAAGCCUACCCCUUAAAGCAACAAACUGGCUAAGUUACUACUGCUGACAUCACAUGCUCCACCCAGUCAAGAAUCAAAAUUAAACUACGUCACCAGAAAACAAACACUCUUUUAUUCAUUUAAGCUUAACUGUAUAUUUAUGGCAAAUAAAUGAGUAUUUUUUUCUUCAAAAAUAA